AUGGUGGUCCCCACCCAGGCGGACAAGGCUCCUGGCCUGGGGGGGGGGGGGGGGCGAGGAGGGCUGCGGCUCUCGGCGGUGGCAGGGGUUCGGCGACGCGGGCGCUCGGAUCAGCGGCGCGCAGGGACCGGGGCGCGGCGUCCCAUCGGGGCGGCCCCGUCCGAGGAGCCGGGCGGCGAGCUGCGGGUGGGGGGAGGAAGUCAGGCUGCAGGCCGCCGGGGCCAGAGGGCUGGGCCGGGGGCAGGAAGCUGCGGCGCGGGCUCCCCCCUCGGCGAUCUUCUAACUUCUGCUGUCUCUCCCCGUGCGCGCAAACCGCAUUUCGGCGCCGCCGCUACGCACCCAGCCCCAGGGGGGCGGGCUGGAGGGAGGGGGCGGGCGCCGGGCGCCGGCCGGGGGUCCACCGCAGCCAUCGCGCUGCAGAGAGGGGGCUACCGACCCGCUUCACCUGCCGCAGAGGGGGCGGCGGGCGCCUCUUCACCUGCCGGAGCGGGAGCGACAGAAGCGAGGCAGAGGCGGCGGCGCGCUCGGCGGCGCCUCCGGGUCCUAGAACCGCAGGCUCCUGCUAGCUCGGAACCGGGGCCCAGGACCGAGCUGAAGACCAGAGGGAACCAUGGACAAAUAAGAACACCAAAGCAGGGGUGGGGGGUGCAGAUCCAGGCCAGUGGAGACCCCUGCGACCUGUUCCACUCUGAACCGACUCUGCGCCCGUGCCAGCAUCCUCAGGGCCUUUAGAAUGGAGGUGCCCAUGGAAAAAGGCAGACUGACAGAGUCUGGAGACCAUCAAGGCGGUCUCAAGGAGAAGCGCAGGGUUGGGGAACAAGAGGAUUAAGGCCAGCAUCCACGCUGGGAAAGAAGCAGGCACUGAAGAGAGGGGGGGAAAAUCUUGACGCUGUCACCUCCAGGGAUCUAACUAAAGUGGCCUCUCACUCACCUUGGCGAAUGAGAGUCUCUGAAGUCUGGCAAUUACAGCAGUACUUCCAGAGGUCUUCUUUCCGUCAU